CAGCGGUACCAGCAGGCUGGGCUGUUCAGAGCUUUGUCCGCGAGUGAAUGGGCUUUCCUUGAGGGUUAUAUAAGGCAGCCUGGGGCGGCAGGAGGAAAGGGGCGUGGGGAGGCGCGGCGGGGACCGGCGGGCGAGGUGGGGCGCCGCGCGCUUCGGGGAGCCCAGGGCUCAGCGGAGUCGGUUUUCAGAGCGAGGGUGCCGGCAGGCAGCAGGGAUCCUGCAGUCGCCACUGAGCGCCUCCACUUUUGUUCCGCGAGGGAAGCGGAGCUGGGCUUGGCGCGCCAGCACGAUGGCACCCAGGAGGACCGAGCAGGGCUACCGCCCGCCAUGGCUGCUCUCCAUCACCUUCGCGCUGUUCUCCGCUGUCCUGCAGACUCACGCCGGGACAGGGCCGGCCUCCCAGAACCAUCUGGACCUCACAGAGCUCAUCGGUGUUCCUCUGCCCUCAUCUGUGUCCUUUGUCACUGGCUAUGGUGGCUUUCCAGCCUAUAGCUUUGGGCCUGGUGCCAAUGUUGGCCGCCCAGCCAGGACACUCAUCCCACCCACCUUCUUCAGGGACUUUGCCAUCAGUGUGGCGGUGAAGCCCAGCAGUGCCCAAGGCGGUGUGCUCUUCGCUAUUACUGAUGCUUUCCAGAAGGUCAUCUACCUGGGCCUGCGGCUCUCCAGUGUGGAGGAUGGCCACCAGCGGAUCAUUCUCUACUAUACCGAGCCCAGCUCUCACGUGUCCCAUGAAGCUGCUGCCUUCUCAGUGCCCAUGAUGACUAACAGGUGGAAUCACUUUGCCGUGACCAUCCAGGGUGAGGAGGUGACCCUCCUCAUGGACUGCGAGGAGCACAGUCGUGUCCUUUUCCAGCGGUCCUCCCAGCCUCUGACUUUUGAGCCCAGUGCAGGCAUCUUUGUAGGCAAUGCAGGAGCUACUGGGCUAGAGAGAUUUAUGGGCUCCAUACAACAGCUCACUGUCUACACUGACUCCAGGACCCCCGAGGAGCUGUGUGAAGCCCAAGAGUCCUCAGCAUCUGGAGAAGCCAGUGGGUUUCAGGAGAUGGAUGAAGUUGCUGAGACCCUGGAAGCCGUCACCUACACUCAAGCCCCGCCUAAAGAAGCCCACGUUGAACCCAUAAGCAUGCCUCCUACUUUAUCUUCUCCUGCUAAAGACACAGAGCUUUCUGGUGAACCUGUGCCAGAAGGGACCCCAGAAACCAACUCAAGCAUCAUUGGGCACAGCAGCCCUGAGCAAGGGUCUGGUGAGAUCCUGAAUGACACACUGGAAGUCCCAAGUUCUGAGGAUGGCUCAGGGGCUGGGGCCUUGCUGGGUAUCACUGAAGGUCGGGGAUUAUCAGCACCAGUAACAGGUGAGGCUGAAGUGCCUGUCACCACUGGCCAGGAAGCAGAGAUUGGCAGUGUGCUCACUGGGAGACCCACCCUGUCUGUGUCCACCCAGAACCCUGGGCAAGUGACCACUCCAGAUCCAGAGGAUGAAGAAGGUCUAGCAACAGCAGGAUCAGGGGAGACUGAGGUGCCCAUCAGCACUGCCAGGGAAGCAGAGGCCAGCAGCAUGCCCACUGGGGGGCCAACCCUAUCUCUGUUCACCCAGAAGCCAAGGGAAGAGGCCACACUGGGUCCAAAUGUUGAAGAGUGGUUAACCCCAGCUGCAGCUGUGUCCCAAGUGCCUCUCGGUGCUUUUGAGGAAGAGGAAGCCAGCGGGACUGCCAUCAACAGCCUGGAUGCCUUCACACCCACAGUGGCCCUUGGGCAAGCCAGCGAGGCUCCUACAGACAGCCAGGCAGCUCUCACACCCUCAGCUUCCCCUGAGCAAGUGGUUAUUACUUCUGCACCUGCUGAUGGAGAAGGCUUGGCAGCCUCAACAGAGGAGGCUGGAGGGGAGGGCUCUGGCCAUAUGCUCCCUAGUGGGCCUCCACUCCCCAAACCCACAGUGAUUCCUGAGAGGCAGGUCACUCUGACUCAGAAAGUACACAUGGGAAUGACAGAGCACGCUGGGCCCAGAGGAGAAAAGGUGGGAGUGGAGGCUGAGGGCUCUGGCCUGGGCUGGGGCCUGGAUGGUGGCUCAGGCUCUGGAGACGUGAUGGGCAGUGAGGAAUUGUUGAGAGGUCCUCCUGGCCCCCCAGGCCCACCUGGAUCACCUGGGAUUCCAGGAAAGCCAGGAACUGAUGUUUUCAUGGGGCCCCCUGGCCCUCCUGGAGAGGAUGGAGCUACUGGCGAGCCAGGACUCCCGGGUCCUGAAGGUCAGCCUGGACUUGACGGAGCUUCUGGAAAGCCUGGGAUGAAAGGAGAGAAGGGAGCAAGAGGGCCCAAUGGUUCUGCCGGUGAGAAGGGUGACCCUGGCAACCGAGGCUUUCCAGGGCCCCCAGGGAGAAAUGGACAAGUUGGCAUGCCUGGGGUCAUGGGACCACCAGGGCCUCCUGGACCCCCUGGACCUCCAGGUCCUGGCUGUACAGCAGGACUUGGAUUUGAGGAUACUGAAGGUUCUGGAAGCAUCCCACUGCUGAAAGAACCCAGAAUCCCGGGACCAACCCCUCCAAGUGGUCCCAAAGGAGAAAAAGGUGACCAGGGACCCAAGGGUGAAAGGGGAAUGGAUGGAACAGGCACCAUGGGACCCCCUGGGCCCAGGGGGCCACCUGGGCGCAUCGAGGUCCUGUCCAGUUCUUUGAUUAACAUCACCAAUGGAUCCAUGAAUUUCUCGGACAUUCCUGAGCUCAUGGGGCCUCCGGGGCCGGAUGGUGUGCCUGGGCUGCCAGGAUUUCCAGGCCCCAGAGGACCCAAAGGUGACACUGGUGUGCCUGGAUUUCCAGGACUGAAAGGAGAACAGGGUGAAAAGGGAGAGCCGGGCGCCAUCCUGACUGGGGACAUUCCUCUGGAAAUGGUGAAAGGGAGAAAGGGUGAACCUGGAAUUCAUGGAGCCCCAGGACCCAUGGGCCCCAAAGGACCACCAGGUCACAAAGGAGAAUUUGGCCUUCCCGGACGACCUGGUCGUCCAGGAUUGAAUGGCCUCAAGGGUGCCAAAGGAGAUCGAGGAAUCAUGAUGCCAGGUUCACCUGGCCUACCUGGCCCCCCAGGACCUCCUGGACCCCCUGGAGCUGUGGUUAACAUCAAAGGUGCUGUUUUCCCAGUACCUGCCCGGCCACACUGCAAAACACCAGUUGGUACUGCUCAUCCUGGGGACCCAGAGCUUGUCACCUUCCAUGGUUUGAAAGGAGAGAAAGGAUCCUGGGGUUUUCCAGGUUUGAAAGGAGAAAAAGGUGAUCAAGGAGCCCAAGGACCACCAGGUCCUCCAGUUGAUCCAGCUUACCUGAGACAUUUUCUGAACAGCUUGAAGGGGGAGAAUGGAGACGCAAGGUUCUGGGGAGAUUCCAACAGCAACCUCUUUGUGUCCGGGCCUCCGGGCCUACCAGGACAUCCAGGCCUGGUUGGACAGAAAGGAGAGGCUGUUAUUGGGCCCCAGGGACCCCCAGGAAUUCCAGGUCUUCCUGGGCCACCUGGUUUUGGGAGACCAGGUGCCCCUGGACCACCAGGACCCCCAGGGCCACCAGGACCUCCUGCAAUCCUGGGUGCAGCUGUGGCUCUUCCAGGCCCACCUGGCCCUCCUGGACAGCCAGGGCUCCCUGGAUCCAGAAAUUUGGUCACAGCAUUCAGCGACAUGGGCGACAUGCUUCAAAAAGCGCACUUGGUGAUAGAGGGGACCUUCAUCUACCUGAGGGACAGUGCGGAGUUUUUCAUUCGUGUCCGCGAUGGUUGGAAAAAAUUACAGCUGGGAGAGCUGAUUCCCAUUCCUGAUGACAGCCCCCCACCACCAGCGCUUUCCAGCAAUCCAUACCAUCCCCAGCCUCCACUGAACCCCAUUUUAAGUGCCAAUUAUGAGAGGCCUUCUCUGCGUCUGGUUGCUCUGAACACACCGGUGGCUGGGGACAUCCGAGCUGAUUUUCAGUGCUUCCAGCAGGCCAGGGCUACAGGACUGCUAUCUACCUUCCGAGCUUUCCUGUCAUCUCAUUUGCAAGAUCUCUCCACAGUUGUGAGGAAGGCAGAGAGAUUCGGCCUUCCAAUAGUGAACCUCAAGGGUCAAGUGCUUUUUAACAAUUGGGACUCAAUUUUUUCUGGUGAUGGAGGUCAGUUCAAUACACACAUUCCAAUAUAUUCCUUUGAUGGCCGGGACGUGAUGACUGAUCCUUCUUGGCCCCAGAAGGUUGUCUGGCAUGGCUCCAACCCCCAUGGCGUUCGUCUCGUUGAUAAGUACUGUGAAGCUUGGCGAACCACAGACAUGGCGGUCACGGGAUUCGCCUCACCACUGAACUCGGGGAAGAUUCUGGACCAGAAAGCAUAUAGCUGUGCUAAUAGGUUAAUUGUUCUGUGCAUCGAAAACAGUUUCAUGACAGACGCUAGGAAGUAAUAGCCUUCCCAUGAUUCUUAAAAGAGUUUUUUAAUUUUUCUUAUGUGAAGAGUUGACACUGAAAUCUAAAAUGUUUAAAUGUUGUAAAUAUUACAGUUUUUUAAAUUACGCAUUCAUCCAAAGAGCAACCAAAGAGAACAUACCUCAGUACACUUAAAAGGAAAGACAUAAAGGAUUCAGAUCCAAGUCAAAUCCGAUCCAUACAUUGGUGCUAGAAUCAGCUGGAAGUCCCCCGCAGUGUGAACACACCCCAACACAGAGUAAGGCUGAGCAGGAAAACAGAGGCCAGAGCUCUUGCCCAGUGCGUCCUUCAGAAAGUGAUUGCUUCUUUUCACUCACAGUUAUUGGGUGUAAGAUGCCUUCAUGUUUUCUUACAAAGCCAGAUUUAGAGACACAACCCUUUCUAAUUUACGUGCGAUCCGAGUGCCCUGUAAUUUCAUAGCCACCCAUCCAUCCAGCGAAACAGAACUGCUCAAAGAUCCUACUCAUAUUCUCUUAUACUGUCAGGUUUUAAUACAAUUUUCCCCCUAAAAUAUUAUGGUCAUCAUACUGUAGAGUUUUAUGUGUUUACCUAAUCAUAGUUUAGUGUGGCCUCUGUUUAUGUAAUUCCGACUUGCCGGAAACGUUGAAGCUAUAAAUUAUCUGAACUUAGAAAAGAAAUGGCACAUAAUUACUACCCUUUCCUUGGCAGCCCUCCUUGCCAUCUCCCACCCUGAUUUUAUGAUUUCCAUUUGGCAAUUCUUGAAUUAUGACUGCAGCUGAAACAGGUUCGUAAAGAUGAAAUUUUCUGAAACUCUGUACCUUUGUGCUGUAGACUUUGUUUUUUUCCAUGUGAGAACAUAAAGACAUCUUUUCUGGGUGCUUUCUUCCA